GGGCUUUCCUUCCCUACAGCCCGGGGUUCCAGCUGCGAUUCGUGGUCCCCCGCCGCUGCUGAAGUGCUGGAUAGCUACUGCUGCCCGAACAGCUUCCUGCGGCUUCCCUGUCCGUGCCAAGGAGAUGAUAGAGAGCGAUAUCCCGUCCAUAAUGUCAGGAAUCCUUAGGAAUUCAGGGCAAAACCACCACCCUCCACAGGAGUACAGGCUCCUGGCUCCCGAGCCCUCCCAGCUGAGUGAGGACGAGCUCCCCAGUGACUUGCAGUCCUUGUCGUGGCUGACAUCUGUUGAUGUCCCUCGGUUACAGCAGAUGGCCAGUGGGAGGAUGGAUUUUAGCCUCGGUGCCCAGAACGCGAUGCUGCAACAGACAGGUCCUGUGGCAAACAACCUGCACUCGACAGGGGCACCUGGAGCAAUGAUCCACGUCCAGGCCAGCCUUCCACAGGGAAUCCUGGGCCUCAGCUCUAUUUCAACGCAUGGCACGAAUCAGAUGAGCCAGUAUGCUGUAGGUGGGCAGCCCUCUCCUGGUUUACAAACACAGCAACAGCUCUUCCCUCCUCCUCCUCCUCAUACACAGCAAGUGUUUGCCCUAGCACAGAGCACACAACAGUGUAACCCAGCAGCAAUCUACAGCACACCCUAUGGGACUCAGCCCCACUACUCUCAGCCGCGCCUGGCUCCUCACUCUGCCCAAGAGCUGCACCCAAAGCACUACCCCAAGCCCAUCUAUUCAUACAGCUGUUUGAUCGCCAUGGCACUGAAGAACAGCAAAACAGGCAGCCUGCCAGUGAGCGAGAUCUACAGCUUCAUGAAGGAGCACUUCCCCUACUUCAAGACAGCCCCCGAUGGCUGGAAGAACUCCGUGCGCCACAACCUGUCCCUGAACAAGUGCUUUGAGAAGGUGGAGAACAAACUGAGCGGCACCUCCCGCAAAGGGUGCCUGUGGGCUCUCAACCCAGCCAAGAUCGACAAGAUGGAGGAGGAGAUGCAGAAGUGGAAGAGGAAGGACCUGGCCGCUAUUCACAGGAGCAUGGCUAACCCAGAGGAGCUGGACAAGCUGAUCACCGACAGACCCGAGAGCUGCCGGCGGCCCAGCAAGCAGCCCGAGCCCGAGGUCUCUGCCCUGAGCCGCAUGGCAGCAGCCCAGGGCCGCAUGUCCCUGGCGCAGGUGCAGCCGCAGCCGCUGAUGACGCUCUCGCUGCAGUCCAUGCCCCUGCACCACCAGCUCCAGCCCCAGCCUCGCAUCGCCCCGGACUCACCGGCACCCGCACAGAGCCCUCCUCUCCACAGCCUGCCUGAUGGGAGCCACAGUCCUCUCCCACACCACCCCAUGGGGCGCGCGCCGCCGGACUUCCUGAACGUGACGGCGGACAUGAGCACGGAGGUGGAUGCUCUUGACCCAAGCAUCAUGGAUUUUGCAUUGCAAGGGAACAUAUGGGAGGAGAUGAAAGACGACAGCUUCAGCCUCGACACCCUGGCUGCCUUCAGCACCUCCCCGCUGCACCUCUCAGACUGUGACCUGGGUCCCCCCGGCCUCACGCCUGCCUCCAGCGGCAGCGAUCGCUCCUUCUCCGACGUGCAGGUCACCGGCCUCUACACCACCUACGCCGCGCUGGACAACGUGGCAGCGGCAGCUCCGUACAUGAACCCCCAGGGCAACAAACCCAUCGCCCUGCUCUGAGCUUUGCACCGUGCCGGGGACCUCCAACACAGGGGCCGGUUGCUCCCAGCCAUUGAAAUCCAACCUGAAAGCAAUAAGAGAGCUCCUCCUGCAGAUGCUGUUUCCUGGGACACAGCACAGGAUGCCAGGAUAAACCAAACUGUCACUAUUGGAACAGCUUUCACCCAUUGGAAGGGGUGAAGAAGGGGAAUGGACCCUGGUGCUGCAGGACUGGGGAGCUCUCCCAAAGGAUGGGGAAGGCCUCAGCCUAGAAAGUAACAAAGGUUAAAACCAGCCCAGUUAAGGUGCA